UCCAUCUUUUAUGGUAACUCUGGAGCAUGCGCAAUAAGAAGAAUUCCUGAAGUUGCCAACCAAACAUUGACGGCACUUAUCACUCUGAAUCACUUUUCUGGCAACGAUGGCUCACUUACAGAUGAAGGAAGGAGAAUAUACAUCAACAAUUUAUGGUCUUAUCAAAGACCAGCGAUACAAUGAAGCAAUGCAGAUUCUCAAUCAUCAGUUGCAAAGUCAUCCAAGGUCCCGUGCAGCUCUCUCAGUACUGGCUUACUGCUACUACCAGAUGCAGGACUUUGUUAAUGCAUCUGAUUGCUAUGAGCAGCUGGCAAGUCUGCAUCCUGAAGUAGAGGAGUAUCGUCUGUACUACGCUCAGUCUCUUUAUAAAGCCUGUCUCUUUCAGGAGGCAAUGAAAGUGACAUGUCAGAUUGACCAGCCACAUUACCAGGGGCAGAUUACAAAGCUACAAGCUGCUAUUAAGUAUGGUGAAGAAGACUUGCCAGCAGCAAAGAGCCUUGUGGAGCAGUGUCCUUCAGAUGACCCAGACACAGAAAUCAACUUUGGCUGCCUGCUUUUUAAGGAGGCAAGGUAUGAUGAGGCUUGUCAGAAGUUUACUCAGGCCAUGCAGGUUGUGGGCUACAAACCAGAUUUGUCAUACAACAUAGCACUGUGCCACUACACCAUGAAGCAGUAUGCUCCAGCACUCAAACAUAUUGCUGAUAUCAUUGAACGAGGCAUCAGGGAGCACCCAGAGCUUAGUGUUGGAAUGACAACAGAGGGGAUUGAUGUUCGAAGUGUUGGGAACUCAUUGACACUGCAUGAGACAGCUCUUGUUGAGGCUUUCAAUCUUAAAGCAGCAAUUGAAUACCAGCUGAAAAAUUAUGAGGCAGCAUGUGAGGCUUUGACAGACAUGCCUCCACGAUCUGAGGAGGAACUGGAUGCUGUAACACUCCAUAACCAAGCAUUAAUGAACAUGGAGGCUGAACCAACACGGGGUUUCCAGAAGUUGCAGUUUUUGUUGCAGCAAAAUCCUUUUCCACCAGAAACUUUUGGGAACCUUUUACUGCUUUAUAUCAAAUAUGAGUACUAUGACCUGGCAGCUGAUGUCCUAGCAGAAAAUGCACACCUGACAUACAAACUUUUAAUACCCUAUUUGUAUGAUUUUCUGGAGGCAGUCAUUACAAGACAGACCUCGCCAGAAGAGGCCUAUCGCAGACUUGAUGAGAUGGCAACAAAGCAGACAGAGACUCUUCGAAAACUCACUAAGCAGGUUCAAGAGGCAAGACAGAACCAUGAUGAUGAGGCAGUGAAGCGGACAGUAAAUGAAUAUGAUGAAGCACUGGAGCGUUACAUUCCAGUCUUGAUGCAGCAGGCUAAGAUCUACUGGGACAUGGAAAACUAUCAACAAGUUGAAAAGAUUUUCCGAAAAUCUGUCGAGUUUUGUAAUGAGCAUGAUAUCUGGAAGCUAAAUGUAGCACAUGUGCUUUUCAUGCAAGAAAAUAAAUACAAAGAAGCAGCAGGCUUCUAUGAUCCCAUCGUCAAGAAAAAUUAUGACUCUCUUCUGAGUGUAAGUGCCAUUGUGCUGGCAAACCUGUGUGUAUCAUGCAUUAUGACCAGCCAGAAUGAAGAGGCAGAAGAGUUGAUGCGGAAAAUAGAAAAAGAAGAAGAACAGCUGGCUUAUGAAGAUCCUGAGAAAAAAAUAUACCAUCUCUGCAUUGUGAAUCUUGUAAUAGGAACAUUAUACUGUGCCAAAGGCAACUAUGAGUUUGGUAUCUCACGUGUCAUCAAGAGCCUUGAACCAUACAACAAGAAGCUAGGGACAGACACAUGGUUCUAUGCAAAACGCUGCUUCCUGUCUCUUAUUGAGAACAUGGCCAAGCACAUGAUUAUGAUUCGAGAUUCUGUCAUCACAGAGUGCAUCCAGUUUCUUGAGUGCUGUGAAUUGUAUGGCCGUGACGUUAAAGCCACGAUUGAACAACCUCUUGAAGAGGAACCCAUGCAUCCAGGACGUAAUACAGUGGCUUAUGAGGCACGCCUGUUGAAAAGCCUUCUUCUUCAGCUUAACUGAGAAGUUUCUUUCCAUGAGGGAAAUAAGAGGCAUGUCUUUCUUCCUGAAUCCCUUGCAGUUUACCCAAUUUUGGAAAAAAACACAUUUACUGUGUGGGCAAGUCAGAAACCCUGAACUGAGUUAACAACCUUUGCAAUGCCUUUCCUCAACCCAGAAAUAUGUUCUUGUAGAAAACUGCAGGAAGAAAAAAAAAUCUGGUGAAAAAGAACAUUGUCUGUGAUAACAGUUUUACAUAAUUUAUUAAUUACUUUCAAUGUAUAUUAAAAUUUUGUUGAAAUUA